CUUUCUCUCCGGUGAAGUAGAUGCUUGUGACAUUUUUUUCCGUUGCCUGCAAGAUGUUUACUCGGUUUAACAGUGAAAAAUUUACCAUGGCGCCCGGACAAAAUUGGAUACAAAACCUUAAUGGUAUCAUUAUUUAAAUAAAUCUAAUCACGAAGAAUAUCUAAGAGCAAUUACGGGCCAUGGAUGAUGAGGAACGUCUUGAAGGUGAGGAGGAAAUGGAACUGGACGAUCCAUCUGAUGGUGAUGAUGAUGAUGAAGAGACAUCGGGGAUUCCUGUGUCACCAGCAAACUUAGAACAAUUACUUGGAGUCCCACCAACUUCUGGUAAUGUGACCCCCGAUGAAGCCUUUCAUGACCCACUGCGUUAUCAAAAGUUUCCAUUUCCUGGCGGGAAACCUCUGACGAACAUCAGACGAGGUCCCGGUAGGCCGAGAAAAGAAAGACCUCCUGGAUCCAUGCGUGGUGGGGGUUCUCGUAGACAUUUUAGUAGAGGUUCAACUAGAGGCAAAGGGUUGGGUUAUGCAAGGGGAAUGCCACGCAGAACAAAAAGUAAAGAUGACGAUACUCAUUCGGAGUCACAGAGUCCGUUAAGACUUAACGAUGAUCCUGGUAUGGAUGGUGAAUCUUCAGGAGCUAUGCCAGCUCCUGAAGAGCCGCCGUAUUUUCCAGAGCAAUGGCCGCGGAAAGUAUGCGCAUUUUGCAAUUUAGGAGAAAGAAGUCAGCUAGGACAGGGUGAGUUGGUAAGGCUGUCGUGUCCCGAAGAUUUUACACCAGAGAAAGCUGUAAAUCGUGGGGAAUUAGAUCUUAUGGACGUGUCUUCCACCGGUGAUAAAAGCCCGCGUGGUACCAUGGGCGGGGGAGCAGUGACUUGUCGUCGUCAGAAAAGUCUAGCUAAAUGCCGAAAUCCUAGUCUUACUAAUUUUACAGAGCCAGUUGAGGAGCUGUCAAUUGUCGGUUACUCCGAGGAACCCGAGUUGGCGGCAUUGUUUGAAACAACUGGUCAUUAUUACGUCCACACUUUUUGCGCCAUGUGGUCAACCAGCAGUCAAGAGCUGACAACAGAGCGCUUAAGUCCAGCAAUAGUACAAUCGUCAUCACGUCGCUGUUCUUACUGUACCCAUUACGGAGCAAGUAUUCAAUGUAAAGUGUUAACGUGCAAUCGUAUAUUUCAUUUGCCAUGCGCUGCAGCGGCAAGUUGUUUUCAAGAUAUGAAAACACUGUCGUUAUUUUGCAACCAACAUCUAGCCCAAGUGUCUAUUUUGCUAGAAAACAGCGACGCGAUUUGUAUUUCCUGUUACAAAAUGGAUGAUGUCGGCAAUCUAGUGAUGUGUUCAGUCUGCGGGUCUCACUAUCACGGGCGUUGCAUUGGCUUGGCACUGCACCCCGAUGUAAGAGCAGGGUGGCAGUGUACUGUCUGCCGCGUGUGCCAAGUUUGCCGGCAACCUGAGACGGAAAUGUCCAAGGUCAUGGGAUGCGAGCACUGCAAUAAAGCCUAUCAUCCAAGCUGCUUACGUCCCAUUGUCACUUCAGUACCACGUUGGGGAUGGAAGUGCAAGUGCUGUCGCGUGUGUUCCGACUGCGGCUCACGUACACCAGGUGCCGGCUUAUCAUCGCGUUGGCACAACAAUUACACAGUAUGCGACUCGUGUUAUCAGCAGCGCAACAAAGGCUACUCAUGUCCCAUUUGUAGAAAAGCGUAUCGUGCUGCUGGAUACCGCGAAAUGGUUCAAUGUACUGUCUGCAAAAGAUUUGUCCACGGUACCUGUGACGCCGAAGCCGACCCAGGAGUUCAUCAGCAGCGUAAAGACAGCAAACCAGAUUAUGAAUACGUUUGUUUUCACUGCAAGAACAUGACGAUGGUGAAACGUAAAGAUUACUUUGAUGAUUAUGCUGGGGAUUCGAGUAUGACUGCAUCACAAGAAAGUUUGUAUAAUGAUGGGGACUCUUCGGAGUUCGAUUACCAGGGUGACGAAGCGCUUUUUUCUAUCGGGCUUGGUAAGGGUAAGCCAUUUUGUGCAUCAAAGGUUGCCAAGAAACGUCUAGGUUUGCAGGGUGUAAUUGGUCGUCCCAAGGGUGUUGGCAAAUUCGGUUAUCAAAAACGACAGAAGAUGAAUGAGUUCGGUCGCAAACGUGGUCCUAAAGCUAAAAUGCGGGGUAUCUUUGGCGCGCCGGGUGUCGGUCUCCAGCGUCCAAUAUCAGACUCGUAUUCAAAGGAAGAGGAACCGGGUGUGGAAAAUAGACUCGUUUUGUGUUCAGCUAAAGAUAAAUUUGUUUUAACUCAAGACAUUUGUGUUAUGUGCGGUGCAAUUGGUACUGAUACCGAGGGCUGUUUGAUUGCCUGUGCACAGUGCGGGCAGUGUUAUCACCCAUACUGUGUUAAUGUUAAAGUAACAAAGGUAAUAUUGCAACGUGGUUGGCGUUGUUUAGACUGUACUGUCUGUGAAAAAUGUGGAUUACGAGAUCGUGAAGAUAAAUUGAUAUUAUGCGAUGACUGUGACAUCAGUUAUCACACUGAUUGUCUAGAUCCUCCGAUGGAAAAUGUGCCUUACGGUACGUGGAAGUGCAAAUCUUGUGCCGUCUGUCAAAUAUGCGGCUCCGGUGACCCAGGUUUCAACAGUAACUGGCAAAAAAACUUCACUCAAUGCGGACCAUGUUCUUCGCACACAUCCUGCGCCUCGUGUCAAGAAACUUACACCGAGGGUGAUUUAAUUAUUCAGUGCGGAGUCUGCUCCAGGUGGCUUCACUGCUCCUGUGACCACAUAAUGACUGAAGCUGACGCUGAAAAAUGCGCCCAGGCUGGCUAUCACUGUAUUAUAUGUCGGCCACGUGAUGAACCGCCGCCUCACCAAUUGUGCAAUCAGCCGAAAGUGCAACCGAACAAAUAUCAUCAAAGAUCAUCACCGCCAAUAGUCCGUAGUCCAGAGCACUACAAAUCAUCGCCGAUGUGUCACUUGAUAGACGGUGUUUAUUUAUCUGAAACUGGUCUGCAUCACAUCAAAUCGCUUACUAUGGAACAGCAGCAGACGCGUAAAAAACGGCGGAAAGUUCUGCCGGUGCUGGACAAAGAUGCCGACAUUAUGGCGACUAUCGAGUCAGUUGUCGCUGGCGGUAGUCUUGAUAAUUCGCUUGAGGACAAUAGAGACACUAAAAUAGAGCUUAUGGACAUCAAAGACGAACCAGGUGAAGUAUUAAAAGACGGCAUGACUUGGACACUGCGUGACCAGCCACCACCAGAAGGUUAUACUAUAUAUACUACUGAAAGUGGUGUGUCUAUUUUAAAACGUAAACGUCAGCGUAAUUUGCAAAAGCUUGGUAUCGGUGGUUUUGUAACUCGCAUUCGCGGUACGCGUAAAGAUAAAGAUGGAGAAGAUGCCGAUGAUAAACAAAUAACUGGGGAUGGUAAAUUGACAUCCUCGUUUAAUGGUAACAGUGUUGGCAUUGGUGUUGGUGUUGGUGGUAGUAGUAAUAGUGUGAGUGUCAGUAGUGUUGAUGGUAAACCACGUAAAAAAACAUUUCGUAAAAAACCAAAGACUAAAUUGUCAGAAUCGUUUCCUCCUUAUUUACAGGAGGCAUUUUUUGGCAAAAAUCUUAUGGAUCUCACCAAAGACAAAGACUUGAAAAGCAGCAGUGAUUCGGACAGUGAAAAAAAUACAUCCGGUAAUGCUGAUACUAUUCAAUUGUCUCAAGAUGAGAUCAAGGCUAUUGAACAAGUUAAUAAUGUUAAUAAACAUGAUAAUAGUAAUGAUAAGAAUGAUAUUAAUAAUGAGGAACAAAAGUUACCGGUAAAUAAUAAUAAUACUUCAGCAACAGGAGCAAUAACAACAACAACAGCAGUACAGAAUAUUAUAAAACGCGAGGAUGAUGGUGGCAGUCGCGGUAUUGAUGAUGACAAUGCCAGUGAUACUGAUGCGUUGGGUGAUAUACUGCCUAUGUCAUCAGAUUUUGUUGAUAAUGAAUUAGUUAAUACGAUAAUGAAUGAACCAGAUGAGGAACUUGUCAAGGCAAGUGUUGCAUUAAAUGAACUUGAAGAUGCACCAGGUCCUAGUGAAUUUAAUGACAUACUGGGUAGUCCACAUUUUAAUUUAGUCGAAUCAAUGGUACCAGGUGAUACCAACUUACCCAAUAUGGCUAGCAAAGAUGUCGAGGAUAUGCUGAAAAGUGUCUUGACUGACGAAUCACAAGAGUCACAAGAAUCUUCAGUAUUUCCGCUGCAAAAUCAAACAGCUCAUACGCCUUCCACGCCAACACCUCUGGUGUCACCUUCGCCACAUCCUGGCAUGCAAACUGGGUUACCACUUGCAAGACCUCAAGUACCACCUGUGUCACUUCCAACUGUUGGACAGACGACCUUAAAUUCACCGCUGAGUUUCCCUCCACCGUCACCUUAUCAUUCUGAGUACAGCAACAGCCCUCAAUUCAGUCCAGCAUUUUCUGAACCACCGAGUCCGUGGGUUAAUCCCGAAGAAGAAGGCCCCAGUUGCUCGACAAACGCGACUAUUCCUCACAAUCAGCGCAAUAGUCAAAAACUUGAAAGAGACGAACUAUUGGGUACUGGUUCAACAAGUUCUGCUAUUCUUUAUGCUAAUAUCAAUCAUCCAGAGUGGAAAGUUGAAUAUCCAGUUUGGUCAGAAAGAUUGAAACAAAUAUUAAAAAAAUGGCGCUCGUUGCCAAAUGAAACUAGACAGCCGUAUUUGACGCAAGCUCGUGAUAACAGAGCGACUAUUCGUAUGAGAAAAACGCAACAGAUACCAAGCACGACCCCAGUCACUGCAACAAGCGCACCUAGCAACACCAACACCACCAAACCCGUCACCACGACGAUGACAUCAGUCCAAGUAUCUCCAGUAGUAGGAAUGGGCGGUGCCGAUCAAAAGCAAAUCGGUCUUUUGACAUCAGUGAUAAAUAAUGAUAAGUCACAGCAAGAUAAGUCAUCAUCCGUGUCUGUUGGAGGAGUAAUAUCAGGUGGAUCAACAUCAUCUACAUCAAUACUGUCUCCAAGUGUGACGGGUACUGCUGGAAUCAUCGUGGCAACAUCAUCAACAGCAUCAGCAGUAUCAGGAUCAAAUUCAUCUGUUACUGCUGGUGUGGUCGUUGGUCAUCUAGCGGAGGAGCAAGAUCGACUUGCUAAUAGAGAUCGAACAACCAAAGAGGCUGAACAAGAACGCGCCUGGAAACAAUUGCAACAGUACAGGCAACAGCAGCAUCAACUUCAGCAGCAAGUUAUCCAUGACCAGCGUAUAAAUGCAAUGGCACGAGUACAGCGACAAAUAAGUGAUGAUGGAGUUCAAUUGAACACAGACAAUAACACAGGGCUUACAACUCAGCUACAAGUAUCGACAACGCAGGAUGGAAAUCACCUUGGACCGAUGGCAUCACCAUCACCUGGUUCUCGUGGAACAUUUGCCACCCCACCGAUGAAAGUUAUUCGUGGCAAUGCUCCUCAGAGUCCGCAUCAAGCGAUGCCCAGGUUACAAAAUCAACAGUGCGCGCCUCCAGCACGUCCAGUUUCAGUGGCAGUGCGUCCAGGAAUGUCAUCAAAUUUCCCCCAACCACCCUCGCCAUUUUCACCUCAGGCACCGCAGUCACCUCACGAUUUCCCUCAGUCACCAGCCUCGACUCAUAUCACAGCAGUCGCAGUAGCCACCAGUGGGGGACCCGAGCACUUCCAGCGUUUCGACAAUUCAUCAGAAGGAUUCGCUCCAGGAAAUCAGACACCACGUCCACUAAUGCCAGGUACUCCCACGUACGCGACAUCACCUCGAAACGACGUAUUUUCACAGCCACCUGGCACAAAUCGCGCCCUCUUUAAUCCUCCCACUCCCCGUUCUUCCACCCACGUCUAUGCUCCAUCACGUACUCCCGAUCCUUAUAGCAAUCAACCUCCUACACCUUCUCCGGCGCCGAGUUACACCUCGCCACGGCCAGAGUCACGUCAACAAGAGGUAGUACCGACAUCUGAAGUCUUCAAUCAGCAGUCCGAGGUUAAUCAACAGUUGAGAGAUUUACUCCAACGGUCGCAGUUUCGUAAAAAAAUUGACGGUAUCCCCGGUAAUGCCUGGACCCAGGAUCCAAAUUCAUCUCCAGUUGACUCACAGCAGCAGCAACAACAGCAGCAGCAACAAUUCGAACCUUCUCACGUACAAAUCCCUCAGCAUUCACAGCCAGCUGCCAAUACUGUCGAGGGCACCUUCAGACAUCCUUUGCCUCCAGGUAUCAGGCCUCGAAUGCCCAUUCAAUUGAAUGUAUUCAUAAGAAAUUCACCUGAUGCUAGACUACAGAGCAUAGACCCGCGUACGCGAAUGCUUCUGCAGCGACCCCAAGUGCCUGGUGGAAUUCCUCAGCAACAUUUUCAGCAGCAACAGCAACAACAGCAACAGCAAGUGCUUCAGCAGCGGAUGGCAGUGCCGAGAAAUCCACUGGUAGAUCAGUAUGAUAUUCUUCAGCAACCUCAGCCUCCGCAGCAGCAAUCACCGCAACAGCAGCAGCAACAACAGCAGCAACAGCAACAAGGGCCACCAAGAUUCCCUGAUCCUAAUCAUGUACAUAACCAGCAAAUGGUACAGCGUGUGGUUCGAGCUGGACAGGAUAUUAAUGCGAGUGUCAGAAUGAUGAACGCUCAGACGAUGUCGCGACCGGGUUUGAUGCAAACGGCAGUCAAUGAUAACACUGGGACGUCAUCUGAGGCUUCGGAAAUUCCCGACAAUGUCACUGCAGAGUUAGAAAAACUCGAGCAAGAAGGAGCUCCCAUGGGAGAGGUCGAGGGCGUAGGUGCAAUACUAGGAGAUUUAGCUGAUGAUGAUGAUGAACUUCUUGCUGAAAUGGGAGCAGAUUUUAAUAUCCUCGAGUAUGCAGAUCCUGAACUGGACAAUAUAACUGGUGGAGAGAAGACAAAUAUUCUUGACAUGGACUUAGAACAAGUGGAAGUAGAGACUAAAGAAGAGAAACUAAAAAAAGAAUCAAAAGAAGAAGAACAAAAAACUGAAGUUUUGACAGCUGCUACGACAGCACAUCAGAACAUUACCAAUGACCCACCUAAUCAGGCAGGAGUACCAGCAGCCGUUGAAUCAACAGUUCCAAGUGUUCCUCAAAUUCCUCCGGCAGCGACGAUGCAACCGAUUCCCACGGCUCAGUCGCAAAUCCCGAUUGUCCAGCAGCAGCAACAGCCUGGAACAAUUAUGACACAAAAUCAUCCUCAAGCGAUGGUUGUCCAGCAGCAAAUGCACCAACACGUCCAACAAGCGGCUGCUAUGGGCCGUCCUAUGCCUCCAGGAACACGUUUACUCUCCUCAGAAGGCGUCAUCGGAGUCGUUACGUCGACUAACACCGUCACUGUUAGUUAUCCUUCAACGUUUCCUGGACAUCCUCAACGGAUUCCUCAGUCCCACAUGCAGCUCCAGCAACAACAGCAGCAGCAACAACAACAACAACAACAGCAACAGCAGCAGCAACAGCAGCAACAACAACAGCAGCAGCAACAACAGCAGCAACAACAGCAACAGCAAAGAUUAGGGAUGAGAGUAACAGGAAUUCAAGGAGUACCUGGACGAGUAGUGUCAGUCGGACACAUGAUUGGACCUCGUAUGCCUUUAGCACCACCACCACCACCUCCGCCACCGUAUCCUGGCCCACCGCCACCUUACCCAGGACCUGUACAGAUGGGGCUGUGCCCAGGUGGACGGGGUGUUAUGCCGCCGCGAGCCCCAGUUCAUAUUGGGCACCAAGUGCCUGGUGUUGUUCCGGGUCCACCGAUGGCCCCAAUUGUUCACACGGGUGCAACUCCUCCUUCAAUAACGCCGCAUCCACAUCGGAGACCCUUGCUUCUCCAGUCGUGUUCGCAGGAGCAACCGUUGCUGCUGGAGGAUCUGUUGGAGCAGGAGAAACGUGAGCAGGAGAAGCAGCAACAACAGCAACAGCAACAACAGCAGCAGCAAGUAGAACCAACUCCAACGACUGGUGCAUUACUGAGUGACAGUGAGUUUGAAAGGCUGAGAGCUGAUGUACUGGGAUCUUCUACACUGGGUUCACCGCCUCAAGGAAUUGUCAGUCCAGCGACCAGUGGUCCUGUCAUCAGGCCACCAGGUAAACCGAGACCACCCUCAGCGCCUGGUACUCCCUGGCCACAGGCUACUGAUCCUGGAAAAAUAAUUCAGCCUAGACAGCCGAUCGCCACUCAGACACCUCCUGAAGCCCGGGUUGCGACAUUUAACAUUCCUCAAGUGCCGGCGCCACCGCUUCCACCAGAAGUAAUUGUAACUGACCAAGAUCGUCAGCUACUUGCGCAAUACGAACACUGGCUCCAACAACACCAACAAAUGCUUCUGCAGCAACAAAAAUACUACGAGACUGAGGUGCAAAAAUUACGCAAAGUCCGUAAAUCAUUGAACAGCAAACAGCGGCAGUUACGUAAAUCUGGUAAUGAAUUGGCGGAGAAUGACGCAGCUGAACUCCAGCGAAUAUCAAGUGAACAAGCGGUGCUACAGAAACAACUUGACGCCAGUAGGAAACAAACCCGUCAGCACGGGAUGCUGAUACAAGAGUACAAUAACAAACAACAGCAAAGGCAGACACAGCCUCAGACAAGUGAACCCUGUUCGCCCCUGAUGUCUCCAUCCCAGCAUUCAUCACCAAUGCACAGUCCCGCUGGACUAGUGUCACACAGUCCCGGUCCUGGUAGUGUUCCAAGUAUGAUCCAGCAUUCACCAGCUACAAUUAUCCAACACAGUCCUAAUCCACCGAUGCUGCAGCACAGUCCAGGUACUCAACAGCAACAAAAUCCUGGUACUAUUUCGCCUCACAACAUGCAGCCGUCUCCCCGUAUUGGAACUCCACACUCGCAAAGUGAAGAGAGUCCUUUCAGUCCAGGUGCGAUGCCUUCUCCAGGAUUAUGUGGACCUACUCCACGCAUGACAUCUCCUCAGCAUCGUGCUGUGAUAAGCGGCAGACUCACUACCAGUCCCGGUGCGUUCCCACAAGAGGUACGAACAAACCAACAAAUAAUCAGCGAACAAGGAAUCAGACUGCAGAAUACACAUCAGAGAUUCGUGAGACCGUCAGCAGUUGGUGACAUAAACCAGCGACCGCGUAUGCAAAUGCAGGGCGGAAUUAUUUACAAUCAACGUUCACCUCUAGGUAGUCCUCAGCCAGCUCAGCAACCCAUGCUGACACAGCAUCAGCAUCAACAAAUGCUCCAGCGACAGCAGAUGAUUCAGCAGCAGCAUGAAGUCAGCGGCAUAAAUCAAGAAACUCAAAAUGCUAUCAAUCAACGCAAUUUACAAAUUGCGCGCCAACAAAUUUUGCAACAGCAGCAAUUAGCUCAGCAGCAACAGCGACAACAAUUUUUGCAGAUGCAACAGCAGCAGCAACAGCAAACGCAACAGCAGCAAAUCCAGCAGCAACAAAUUCAGCAGCAACAAAUUCAACAGCAACAAAUUCAGCAGCAACAACAAAUUCAACAGCAACAACAAAUUCAACAGCAACAACAAAUUCAACAGCAACAACAAAUUCAACAGCAGCAACAAAUACAACAGCAACAAAUCCAACAACAACAACAACACGUAAUGCAAAAACCUCCAAGUUCGCCGAUGGUUUCUCAGCCAGCAAAUUCACCCAGUCCGCAACUUCACCAACAAAUCCAACAAAAUUACGGACAACCUCCGAGCUCGCCUAUGCCUCGCAGCCCGAUGUUACCACAAACAAUGGGCUCGCCAAUGCUCCAACAGCAACUGAGUCAAAAUUCUCAGCCACCUAGUCCAAUGGGCACUCGCAUUCAUCCACAACCGCCUUCACCCAUGGUCUCACAGUACCAGCCGCCGAGUCCCAUGGCUCGGAGCCAUCCUUCGACCUCACCGAUGCUUCAGCACCAGCUCAAUAACCAGCAUCAUCCACCUCCGCAAACUCCAAGUUCGCCCAUGCCACGGAGUCCCAUGGUGUCGUCUCCGAUGCAAAUGCAACGGCGGCAGUCUAAUGGCAACAGUCCGGCUAUGCCUGAUCGUCCACAGAGUGUAGAAAAUCCCGGUACCCCUCGUACUCCACACACCUAUUCUUAUAGUUCUGUACAAAAUUCUGGUCACGUUAACGAUCAGCAGCAGCAGCAGCAGCAGCAGCAAAUGCAGCAGAUGAAUCAAGAGCAGGGAAAUCAAUCAGAUCUAAAUCAAAAUCGUGGUGGUGGAAAUCCUCAUCAUCCACUCAAUCCUAUCCCCAUAAAAUCACUUUUUGGACGCUACGGAUACUUCAAACCAGGUCUUAGAGGAGGGUCUCCCAUGUGGUCGACAAAACCCGAGUGCAGUAAAGGAAAAACAGCAGAGCCGCGUAUUACAACAACGACUUCUGCUUCAAUAAAUGAAGACAAACCCAACACAUCUAGUGUCGUUCAUCGUAAAACAGGAAUAUCACAGUCUAAAAUAAACAGCCUCGUGUGUGCUGACUACAAUGACUUUGACGAUGACUCUCACACUCCGCCGCAAACCCCACCGACGACUGAGUCGAAAACCAGCACGACUUCAAGUCUUGCUGUUGAAAAGCCACCGACUCUUGCUAUCGGUAGUCCAGACAAAUUGGAAUCAAUGCCGGACACGACGGACUACGAUGACGACAAGACAAUUGUCAAUGAAGAAGUCACGUUGAGUUCAACGGCGCAGCGUGACAGCGACGAUACUGUCAUUGAAGAGCUAGUUGACGUAGCACUUGGUCCAGUUGAUCCCGACGAAAUGCAAGAGUCAUUUUUUCUAUUCGAACCCGUCGAUCUUUCAAAUGACAGCAAUGACAUUUUAAGCCACGCUCUAGUAAACAACACAAAUCAAAAUCACGAACUCGGUCAAAUUUUACAAAUGGAUCCUCCUCAAGUCGACGAUUCAAUUCUCAGCGAUGACGAACUUGUGCCAACACAAAAUAGAAGCAAAAAAAGUCUGCGACUUGACAUCGUGCGGACUCUGCAAACUGGCAAGAGACUCGUCACCGUAACUGACACUCCCGAGUCUCCAGAUCAGGAAGAAAUGAACGAAGAUCCCUCACCCGAGGCUUCACUCUUCAUGGACCACACAUCCGACCACGAUCUUAUGGCUCUGGGUGACAUGGUCAGUGCAUCCGAAGUCGUGAUCAUCGACCCCAGUACUAAAUCUCCCGAGGAUAAUUUAUCCAAAGAGUCCUGCGUCGAAGACGAAGCCGAAAAAAUCGAUACCGCCUUCGAGACUUCGCUCAAAUCAACAGAAUCCACCAAACCCACGGAUGCAAAUUCCUCUGACGUCAAUUUGUCAGAUAAAAAAAAUAGUCCAUUCAAUUUAACUGAUAAAUCCUCAUCCUGUUCGAUGCCCGUCGAUCAAGUCGACGCUGGUGAGCGAACAUCCCCCGGGAAUUCAACCUCAGACUCCGCGGCAGAUACUAAAGUAACCAGUGAUUUAAAUACAGUCACACUUUCAGAGUCGAUACCUAAGCCAACUGUAGCAACUACAGCAACACCAGUGACAGCUGAUUCACCAGUUGUCUGUACAAAAGAUAUUACGUCGAGCGAUAAUCAAAACCAGCAAUUGCCUUCCGUGACGACAAACGUAUCAGACGUUAAAAUCACGGGCGAAACAACCAGCGAAUCUGUAGAAACUUCCAGUACAACUAUAAGUACUAAUAGUAGUAACAGUAAUAGUAUAAAUAUCAGUAGCAGCAUCACCAGCAGUAGUAAUAAUAAUUUAAUAAAACAAAAAAUAAAUUCCAUUGAUAAUAUUGAGCCUGACUCAGUAGCGUCGAAAAUUUUAGCCCAACUUACUGACAAUAAAGACAGAUCUGAAAUAUGUUUUAGUGUCGCCAAUGAAAACGUAUCACUUUUUCCUGUUAGUAUUGAAAAUGACGUCAUCAAUCCGACCAAGUUGGCUAUUGCUGUCCAGCCUACGUCAGUGACGUUAUUGAAACCAAAGUUAUCUACGGAAAUAAAUAAAAACAAUGCUGUUAUUACGAGUGAUGCGAUGAGUGAAGAAAAAAAACUGAUGAUUGCCAAUGAAAAGGAAGACAAUAAUGUGGGUGAUAAUUUAAAUCCCGUUGCUAAUUGUGUUGCUGGUAAUGAAUCGUCUUCAUCGUCGUCAUCUCUUUCUUCUGUUGAGAUGUCAUCAGUGACGGAAGAAAAAAAAUCAGAUCCACUGAAUACGACUGAUGAAUUGGAGAGCAUGUUGGAGGCGAUCCAUAAUCCUGCUGAGAAUCCAAACGAUCGUGAUAAUAAGAAAGUUGAUUGUGAUAGCAAACCAGAUAUUUCAUCAUUCAAACGGAUGUCUCCAGUUGCUGAUGAAAUGUCACUGGUUAAUAUUUUAGAAAAUGAUUCUGAACCGAUGAUUGAACGCAAAGAAGAAGUUGAUGCUGAUAAAAUUACAUUCAAUGCUACUGAUGAUCAGUCUAAAGACUCAAAUCUUUCGGACAAAAUAAAUCCUAUUGAAAUGUCGAACAAAUUUUCUGACAGUAAUGAAGUUGAAGAAUCCUCGGAUGUUAUUCUAGAUAUGCUGCAGAAUAUAAUAUCAUCAAAACCGGAAAUGGCCAAUACAAAUAUCCUAGAUGACCAGCGAAAGUCGACCAGCAUGAUUUAUCAUCAGAUGCCAAUGCCCUUGGACACUUUGCCUUUCAAUAUUUUGCAAGACUCGCUGAUGGACCUGGACCAGCAGAUUCAAGAAGACCAAGAGCCUGAGGAAAAACCAAAACAAAAGCCAGCUUUAGAAAUUCCUCCAACCAAAACAACAACGCCCAGUUUAAUUCCAACUCCAGCUCCAGCUCCAACUUCAGUUCCAACUUCAGCUCCAACUUCAGGUCCAACUUUGACCCCAAGUUUAACCCAAACUCCAGCAGUCCAACCGACAGUUGCCGUAAGUACCGUAACCCAGUUACAAAAAUCAACAACGGCAGUCCCUCACUUGUCUCCACUAUCAAAACCCACUGAAUUGACAUCCAAUAUGGUGGCAGCGUCCCAACAACUUCGCACACUGUUAUCAUCAAUCCAGACAAAUCACGCGUCUCAAAAUUACACGACAACUCAAACCGCAAUUGUCACCGUGGUCUCAUCAGCGAUGACCGGCAGUAAAAUCGGCUCAGUUGUAACAUCACCAGCAUCAACGAUUCCCAAUUCUUUGGGUAACCCACAGAGUCUCAGCUUCAGACUUCAAACAGUUCCAAGUCCAGCAACCUCAGGAUCCGCGAGUGUCAAAUCAUCAGCAGACACUACGACAUUUGCGCUUCAGUUGAAAGACAAUUUGUCUGGAAAAACAACUUCAGAAUUCACGCGGAUGCUAACAAAUACCAUCCAGUCACAAUCAAUUGUUAAUUUGCCUUUAGCAACUACAGUCGCGCGGUCAACAAACUCGGGUAUUUCGAUCACGUCAAAUGCGAUGCUCAAUGCCAUGCUGUCGGGAACAACCAGCGUUAAACCUUCAAUAGCAGGUCAUCGUGCCAACACUAUUUUGACUCAAACAAGUAAUCUUCUGAGUUCAGUUCUACCGACUCCGUCAGUUCAACGCAACCAGAAUCUCCAAGCAUCUCCAUCCGCAUCACGUGUAGUCGUCAAUACGUCUGCUGUUUCAACAUCUGGGAUGUCAAUUAAAACCGCAGUACCUCCACUGGUGAGCAGCCCAGCGACGAUAAAUGUCACGACGUCAAUUCUCCAGUCGACUUUAUCCCAGACUCCAACUCUGCUGCAUUCCCAGCUGACGUCUGGAUCAAAUCAAUACAAAUCAACUGGAGUGUUGCCUAUCGACAAGACCAGCGAAACCGAAAAUAUUCCAACGUCAUCAGCCAAAGACGAUGAUAAGAAACCAGUACCAACUCGCAGCGAGCCAGAGAUUCCUAAACCAAAUCAUCGCAUUGAAGAUUCAAAUGUUUUAUUGAAACAAUUAUUACAAAAUACUGGAUGCGCGACGACAAGUUUAGCACCAAAUACAUCAUCAGCAACGAGCUUACCAGCAGUACCGUCAUUAGAAGCUCAGUUAGCUCGACCUGUACCUCCGACACCGUCCGCACUAUUGCCGCCGUUGCUGAACAAGACACCGACGACAAAACCCUCCGUCACUAAACAACUUCUGACACGUGAAACGUCAUUUGUAUCACAGCAAGCAACUCCGCAUAAGACUCAGAGCCCGCCGAUAAAAGAAGAACCUCCACGAGUUACGACGCCUACUGCUACUGUUCCACUUACUGUUCAAUCAUCCCGGACAAUCGUUGACUCGGCAGUUAAACAGAUUCAAAUUAAUCAGUCAGUGAAAUUACCAACUACUUUAUUAACUACUGCCACUUCAACAUCAUCGUCUCCAUUAUCGUCAUCAUUAUCAUCAUUAGCAGCUGGAGCAGUCGCAGUAUCAGCUAAGCCUAUGACUCAAGUUAAAUUAGAAACGGGAAUAAAUCAGGAAGUAGCAACAAAUCAGUCGUCGCCGUCAUUAAAAACGUCGCCUACAAGUGACUCAUCAUCGUCUUCAUCGCAAUCAUCGUCGUCCUCCUCGCCGUUGAUCAGCAAUCAGAGUCAAUCGCAGCAAAUUCGUGUGACUCAAGUCCCGACUUCAUUUACACGAUUGGUAUCACCGUUGAGUAAACCAGCGAUGACAUUAGCGGCAACUUCAAAGACUAUUCAAGCUGCUACACCACAAGUGCCCAGUAGCGUUCAACAAUCAUCUCAGCCUUCAACGCCUGUUGCAACAACACCACCGCAAACUCCAUUGUCCACGACACCGACACUAAUUUCUGCUCAAAAACCAGUGCCUGCUACUGUUCAACAGCAAACACAGCAGCAGCAACAUAUUCAUCAACAGUUACAACAGCAACAGCAACAGCAAAAGCAAACGCAUCAACUAAUACAACCGUCAGUGCCUCAUACGAUGACCCAUAACCUGAGUCAUCAAGUUCACCUACCACAGGGUGCAAUUACGCAACACACAGUGCCUUUAGUGGAAGUUAAAAAAGAAAUUCUCGAUGAAGUAUUGUCUGGCAGUAAUUCUACGACACAAUUAUCUGAUACCAAAGACUUUCUUACUGCCAAAGAGGAGCUUAUGGAUGGUUCCAUUGACGAUAAGACCGAUCUUAAAAAAUUAAAAAGACGUCAGUAUCAGCAAAAACGUCGCCAGAGUCAGGGUAAAGAUGCAUCAACACCUCCGCAAAAGAAACGAUCACGCAAAGUAUCACGACUCGACGAAGAUUACGACACAUUUAUUGAAAAUCUCAUGAUUCAACUCCGUCAGUUGCAAGCGAUACCAGUUUUAGAGCCUUAUCUAGGUCGUAAUUAUGGAGUCUGUCCAAUAUACGGUUCCGGAGACUUGUCAAAAAUUUGCACUCAAAAAGAUUACAAUCCACGUACCGGAGAUUUGCUGGGUGCCUACGGCGCCGCGCGACUUCCCGGAGUAUCUGAUCAUUACAACACUCAACCAUUUGGCGAACUAGAACCUCUACCACCUCCGCAACCAGUGUCGACUCAACGUCUGUUUUAUGAUCAAGAAUUUCCCCCAUUGAAGUUAGACGACGCAAGUGAUAAAAAAGACAGUUUAUCAAUGACCCGUGACGUAGACACUCCGGACACUAUCGUAAGUUCAUCAUCACCCGAGUGCGUGAUACCUGAAAUGGUCCAUCAUUUUCCCGGUCUACGAUUGAUUGAAGAUGACUCUGAUGAAGAAUCUGAUUGGUUGAAACGCGUGUCUCCAGUUAUUCCAAUUAUAUCACCAAUUCCCAUAAGACUCAAACCUCCAGCGACGACAGCAGCUGCUGCGGUUACACCAGUUGUCGCACCACCGACAGUUGCGACCUCUGUUAUUAAAGAUACUGCCAAGCAGGACAAAGAAAAUCUUGGUACUGCAACGCGAGUUGGCAAAUCACCACCUGCAUUACGUGAGAACGGAAACGUUACCGUAACUCUGACGUUGAACAGUCAAGCAGCUGAUGACAUUAUGGGAGUUCUUAAAGAUUUAGCAAAUAUUUUAAACAUAUCACCACCAAGUGGUUAUCAAGUUGUUGAACGGACUACGACACCGCCAAGUCAAAAACUAGGUUUAUAUCGUACAAAGGGUAAAGAUGGCAAAGAAGGAGCUCCUAUUGAUAUUCAGAGUAUACUUAAUGGUGCAGCUAAAUUUUGCCGUCAUUGUGAUGUUGUUAUAUUAAAUAGUUUAAUUCGUAAAAAAGUAUCCGAACUACCGUUUGUAAGUAAGGAUGAAGCUGAACCUGGUGAUGAAUUAUGUUUUUGUUCUGUUAGUUGUUAUACCCAGUUUGCUGUUACACAUCGAACACCGAUAAAUACUCAAGGAAAAGCUGCUACGAUAGUUGAUCACUUGUGUCAGAAAACCGACAAGUUACUUGACAGCGCGCUGAAGAAGAAACUCCACGAGAAAAAGAUUUUAGAGAAACAAGUACUAACUCUAGCGGAAAUGAACCUCGACCCCAUGGACAUCUGCAACGACAUAAAAGUAAAAACAGAGAAAGAAGAUCUAGAUCUCCACCGCGAUAUCAAGCAAGAGCACAUCACUGACAAAAGACCAAAGAAACAUCCGGCGUCAGAUGAUUUAUCAAAUGAACUAUCAGAGCUAGAGCCUCCCCAAAAAUUAUUACGCGGCAAUAAAUACAAAAUCUGGAGUAUGGGAGUUAUUCAGCCAACUAAAAAGUACAAAAAACCAUCAGACAAAGACAUAACUGAUCUACUAUUCCGUAUGGCCGUGACUGUUAAUCCAGCAAAGAACGAAGACAGCCGCCGUUGUAUGUUCUGUCAAAAUCAAGGUGACGGUGCAGCAGACGGACCCGCACGUCUUCUCAACUUUGACGUCGACAAAUGGGUUCAUUUAAAUUGCGCGCUCUGGUCCGAGGACGUCUACGAGACUGUCAAUGGCGCACUGAUGAAUUUAGAUACCGCACUGCAGCACAGUCUCGCGUUAAAUUGCAUCGUCUGUGAAAAACCCGGUGCUACUGUCAAGUGUUUCAAGAUGCGCUGCACCAACGUCUACCAUCUAGGUUGUGCAGAAAAAGCUGGCUGUGUUUUUUACAAAAAUAAAAGCACUUACUGUUCCCAGCAUGUUCAGAAAAAUGAGAAAGACAAUGAAUUGACAACUCUGUCAGUUUACCGCCGGGUUUAUGUCAAUCGGGAUGAAAAUCGUCAAGUAGCUGCGGUAAUGCAUCACACAGAACGCAAUCAUUUGUUGCGCGUUGGCAGUUUAAUAUUUUUGAAUGUCGGACAAUUGCUACCACAUCAAUUAGCAAAUUUUCACACUCCUCAUUUUAUUUAUCCGGUUGGCUACAAGAUUGUAAGAUUUUAUUGGAGUAUGAGACGACCCAACAAACGUUGCCGGUAUGUUUGUUCAAUUCAUGACAAAGAAGGAUCACCAGAAUUUCGUAUACUUGUACAGGAACCAUCGCAUGAAGAUUCCGAGUAUGCUGGUAAAACACCACGUGCUGCAUGGGAACACAUAUUGGAGCCGCUGUCAAAAUUAAGAGAGUCAACAAAUAGUAUUAAAUUAUUUCCUCUUUAUGUGUCGGGUGAAGAUCUUUUUGGUUUGACAGAACCAGCGAUAGUACGUGUGCUUGAAAAUUUACCGGGUGUUGAUACAUUGACUGAUUAUAAUUUUAAGUAUGGGAGAAAUCCAUUGUUAGAAUUGCCGUUGGCGGUUAAUCCAAGUGGUAGUGCUAGGACAGAACCAAGACUGAGAAAUCAAUUGCCGUGGAAGAGACCGCAUACGCAGAGAACUGGAUCAUCUGCUAGAGCAACUUAUUCACCAACGAAUACCGUUGCUGGGGAAACUACGUGUCCUUAUUCAAAACAAUUCGUACACUCUAAAAGUUCGCAGUAUAAAAAAAUGAAACAAGAUUGGAGGAAUAACGUUUACUUGGCGAGGUCGAAAAUUCAAGGAUUGGGUCUGUAUGCUGCGAGAGAUUUGGAAAAACAUCAGAUGGUUAUUGAGUAUAUUGGAGAAAUUAUAAGAACUGAAUUGGCUGAGACGAGGGAAAAACAGUAUGAAGAUAGAAACCGAGGGAUUUACAUGUUUCGUUUGGAUGAAGAACGAGUUGUUGAUGCAACGCUGUGUGGUGGAUUAGCACGUUACAUAAAUCAUUCUUGUAACCCGAAUUGUAUUGCUGAAAUAGUUGAAGUUGAACGUGAUCUCAGAAUUAUUAUUUUUGCUAAAAGAAGAAUCUCACGUGGUGAAGAGUUGGCAUAUGAUUAUAAAUUUGAUAUUGAAGACGAUCAACAUAAAAUAGCAUGCGCAUGUGGGGCGCCGAACUGCCGCAAGUGGAUGAACUAAAUAAAUAAUAAAUUAAAACAAAAUAAGUAAACUAAUUAAAAAGGUGUCUCGAUAUCCACGUUGUUAAUGUUGAAAAGUUAUUGGGUAAAUUUUUAAAAUUUAAAGAUUACUAAAUAAAUUUAAAAUAAAAAUAAGUAAUAAUUAAAAAUUUUAAAGAGUAAAGAUAUUAAAAAAAAAUAAAUAAAAGAAUAUAUAUAUAUAAAUAAAUAUAUAAAUAUAUAAAUAAAAAAGUAUAAAAUAAUAGACACAUUAUUUAAUUUGUAAAGUGCCAUUGCGGUUUUUGAAUAAUCAAUUUAUAUAGUAAAGUUGGUGCUACGCCAUCACAACAUUCCUCCAAAGUUGUAUAAAUGAUGUUAGUUUUUACUUAAAAAAAAAAGAAAAAGAAGAAGAUAAUGAUGAUAAUAAAUAAAUAAAUAAAGAGGAUACGGAAAUGAAUGAACGUUUUUAAAUAAAAUUAUAAAUAAAUAAUAAUUUGAUAAAGUGAAUUGUAAUUGAAUUACUUGUACAUUGUAAUUGUGAAGAAUUUUUGUGUGACGAUAUAAUAAUUAUGAUAAUUAAUUAGCUAAUAAAGUUAUUAAAAAAUUUUUUUAGUUCAAGUUAAUAAUAAAUACUAUUAAUAAUUAUAAUUAUAAUAAUAAAUAUAUAAUUGUGAUUCUUGAGGUCGCAAGUAAGAGAAUUUAAGUGAAUAAUUAAAUGAUAAACGUGAAUCGUGUAUGUAAAACAAGUGGGAAAUAAACUAUUUGUAUCUUUGUAUGUGAAAGAAUUAUGUGGUAAUCAGUGAUGAUUAGAAAUGAUUAGAUGAUUAUUUCCAUUUUAAUAAUGGUGAUGAUUAUUAUUGAUAAAUAAAAUUAAUUAAUUAUCAUAUGAUUAUCCACGUUUGUAAUAUAUAUAUAACAUUUAUCAAUUAUUGCAUAUAGAAUUGCACUAUUUCUGUACAUAUAUAAGUAGAAUACAUAUUAUUUUCAAUUAAAUCACCAGAAAGUUAUGUAAAAUAACAGUACCUAAUGUAAU